AUGCCACAGGAUGUCGAUCUUGUCAUCGUCGGCGCAGGGCCAGCGGGGCUAAUGGCAGCCAUGUGGGCAGCCGUCUACCAACUCAAGACCAUCAUCAUCGACAAACGCGAGUCAAGAAUCGUCAACGGUCACGCCGACGGCUUGCAGUCGCGCACGCUCGAGAUCCUACACAGCUUCGGCUUUGGUGAUCAGAUCUACAAAGAAGCUAGUUUGAUGCAAGAAGUCUGCUUUUGGAAUCCCGAUAGCUAUGGGGUCAUUCGACGCACUGACCGAAUACCGGACACUAUCCCUGGUACCAGUCGGUUUCAACAGAGCGUCCUUCAUCAGGGCAGGAUCGAGAACUAUCUCUUUGACUUCAUAGAGCGUACCAGCAGCGAAGUCUCGGUGAUGCGACCUGCAAAGCCACUGACGAUCGAUGUCGAUGAGUCUGCGAUAGAAUCCGAGGAUGCUUACCCGAUUUCCGUUCGCGUUGAGUGUCUUUCUCACAAUCAGCCCAAUGGUACCAGCUCUGCACAGGAAAACGCUGAGGUAGGGGAAAAUGAGAUCAGAUGCAAGUACCUGAUAGGUUGCGACGGAGCACACUCCUGGGUUGGCAGACAAAUUGGUCUUGUUAUGGAAGGCGAGCAGACUGCAUCUAUCUGGGGUGUAAUGGACGUCGUUCCCAUUACUGACUUUCCGGACAUUAGGAUGCGAUGUGCUGUCCACAGUGCCAACUCUGGCUCAAUUAUGAUCAUUCCGCGUGAACGUGGCUUGGUCAGACUGUACAUUCAGCUAACUGACAUUCGUCCGGCACGAGGAGAGAGAUUCGACAAGUCGAUGGGAAGCCCAUCACUCAUCUUCGACGCGGCAAAGAAGAUUCUCCAGCCGUACAGUCUUAGCUACGACUAUCUUGAGUGGUGGACGAUUUAUCAGAUUGGUCAGAGAGUAGGAAAUACCUACGCCAAGUUUGAUCGCAUAUUCUUAGCCGGAGAUGCAGUGCACACCCACUCACCCAAAGCCGGCCAAGGUAUGAACGUGAGCAUGCACGACACCUACAAUAUAGGCUGGAAAUUGGGUGCUGUCUUGAACAAAACGGCCCAACGAUCCAUUCUGAAAACCUACGAAUCAGAAAGAAGGCCAAUUGCUCAGCAACUGAUCGAGUUUGAUACUAAGUUCUCCUACAUGUUCUCCGGCCGACCAGCCAAAGACCUUGCGGAUGAAGCGGGCAUCUCGAUGGAAGACUUCAAGGCGACUUUUCAAAAGGGCAACGAUUUCACCUCCGGACUUUCCGUGCGGUAUGGCGCCUGUAAGAUUGUGGCCCAGGAGCAUCACAAGUCCGCUUCUGCAGAUCCAGCUAUUCCGAAGAGUGUGCUGCAAUUAGGAUCGCGCUUACCAUCCUUCCAGGUGGUAUGUCAAUGUGACGCCACACCGAUACAGCUGGGAGACGUCCUGAAGUCCGACGGAUCAUGGCGACUACUAGUCUUCCCUGGAGAUCUCAGACAUGAAGCCUCAAUGCAGCGAUUGAAGAACUUAGGGGAAAGGCUUGAUCGAAGCUCACCCUGCGGCUUUCCAUUCUUGACCGAAAAUUGUGUCCAGCCAAUAUUGAUCCACGCAUCACCUCGACGAGAGAUCGAACUUUUUGACUUGCCAAAGGCAUUCUACUGUGGUUCUGCAGCUGGAAAUGGAGGCUUCGAUUACUACCGCAUCUUUGCGGAUGAUGAGAGCUAUCAUCAAGGUCAUGGACAUGCGUAUGAGAAUUAUGGCGUUGAUAAGGAACGCGGCUUGGUGGUGCUAGUCCGGCCUGACCAAUAUACUAGCUGGAUGGGAGGUCUCGAGGACCUUGCUGAGGCGGAGAGGCUGCUUUCAGGGAUCCUUAGAAGAUGA